AUGCCACGCCACCGCCCCAGCAGCAGCCGUGGUGGGGACGGCGGCGAUCGCUGCGGCCGCUACGCCGCCGUGGUGGAGAAAGGUGAGAAUGCGUGGAAACGAGAAUGGAGCAGAUUCAUAUCCGGUGUGAACCUUAAGCGUCUGCGGGAUGGCACGAGCGGCGUGGCGCUGAAGGCCUCGGCCGACAUCGAGCGCCAGCUGGUAGCGCACGAUACAGCACCAGCGUUCUUGCCAGUGUCCAGUACCCCUGGCAGUGGUGGGGGCGACGCGGAAGUGAACAAUGAUGACACUCCAUUGGGGGCGAUCGCCAGCCACGCCAGCUUCUCGUACCUCUUCUCCUCGGCGGCUGAGCGGCGCGCCGAGCGGGACGCGCGCGACCGGGCUGAGAAGGAGCGCCGCCUGGCCCAUAAGCGCGAGCUAAUGGCCAAGAAGGACCCCUUGAGCGUGCUGAGCAAACAUCAGCGCGCCAUGCACGACGCCGAGCAACGCGGGCUACGGCUUGAUGGCAUGACACGGAAGGAGCGACGUGACUUUCUUCACCUGACAGUGACGGAGGCGCAGAGGAAGGCAGAGGUGCAGUCGCGCGAGUUCAAGCUGCACGACUUGAUGGAUGAAAGGGUGGCUUGGUACCAGCAAGGGCCGCACCCAAUCGAUCUCAUUGCUGAGAAGCUGGUGCGCCGUAAGGCGGAGAAGAAGGCUAAGCAGCUGGGGCUCAAGUAUAACUACUUGGCCCCGCACCCGUCCUGGCUCGCAAAGCGUGCGCAACGCCGUCGCGAGAGCCUGCUCGUUGGUCUCGGCAAGCGUCUUGUCUUCUCGGAGAGAGUCGUGGGCGAGAGCGACGACGACGAUACAGUUGUGCCUGCGAGCGAGGUCAUGGUAACGGACCCGCUCCGCCACCUCACGGUGCCCUUGCGGAAAAUGGGCCUGCUGCUCGGGCAGCACGAUUCUGCGCCGCCAUCUGCAGCUGCCAUCGCUGAUCCGGGCGCUGACGCUGAUACUGUGGGAGAGGCAGCAACCGGUAGCAGCAGCGAUGGCAAUGUAGGAGAGGCAAGGGAAGCAGACAGGGAGGAGGCGCAGGAUGUGGGUGAUAAGGCCGGUGGCAAGCAGCGACGCGACGCCGCGAGCACUCAGAAGGAGGCUGCGCCAGCUUUCUCUGCUUCCGUCGGCGCUGGACGAUCGAGGAACUCCCUUCCAGCGAAACACACUGACGGCGAGACGGACGACGACGCGGCACAGGUCAGACUUCCAGACGUCAUUGUGCUGCAAGACCCGUCCCGCAUCGCCACAUCCUUUGUGCGCAGCGUAGUGCGGGAUCGCACGACAGCGUUGGCGAUUCAGCAAUUAAACCGCACGACCAACUUCCUCAGUUCGGGAUUGGUGAAAGGUCCUAGUCUACACCCGGGGGAUGCGUUACUGGAGAAUUGUGUUCCCGUGCGGGACCUCGGCGCACCCCCGGCGGCAACGACCACGACAGCAUUGAUGCCCUCUCCGAAAAGUAGUGCCACACCACCAAAGCGGCCUUCAUCUGUGAAAGCCGGCAAGAAGGCUGCGGCUGCCUCGAGGCGCUCCUCCACCGCCAGCAGCGACUGCAAGCGCGUCCGUGCGGCAGAUGAUGAUGAGGGCGACAAGCGUCGUCGCCGCCGUCUCGGCGCUGACGCGAGCGCCUCAGAGUUGCAGGCCAAAGAGUCGAAGCUCACCGCAUUGCCAUCUGCGCGCCCCCACAUUGCACCCACCUUCACUGGCCCCUUCAAGUCGGCCAAGUCAGCAGCAGCGACAGCCCCUUGCAAACCCAAGAAGGCCAAAUAA